CAAAAAGUAUUGUGACUGAAUUGUAAUUUUGAAGCAAAAUUGUUCGUAAAUUAUCUAAGAAAAUCAUAUAAAAAUCGCAUACUAACAGGAAGCGUUCCAUCUCCUGCCAGCAACAAACGAAAGCGGAUAACAAGAUCAAGCCAAAAGGAAUAGAAGAGAAUGGAUGCUGAGAAUACUAAAGAAGUCAACGACGACAGGGGCAGCACUCACGAUGCGCCUGCAGAUGCGAAGAAGCAGCUGAACCUACAAAGACUCGCCGUGCUGGCAGCCGAAGCCGCUGCCAAAUUGAAAGCGGUGCCAGACAUGAGCAAGGACACCAAAUCUACCUUCACGACAACAACAACAACAGCGCCCAUUGAGCUCGUGGCAAUAGCCAAACAGACAGCCUUAAAUCUGCUUGGCCGCGAGUGUAGCGAUAAACCGCUUAGCCAAAAAUCUGAUGACUCCGACUGUACGCUACAGUCCGAUCAAUCGGAAAAUAAUGCAUUGAAGGCGCUCGCGCCACCAGCGACCGAUGAGAAAACAUUUGUCGCCAAUCAGACACUUGACCGCAUACUGCUGGCGCACUCGGAACAAACGAUAACGACCGCGCAUGUGGAGCUCGACUGCCAUUCGAGUCAGCGUAUUGCCCACGAGCUAGUGCUGCAGGCCGGUAGCGGCUGCAUCAAGCAGAAGAGCUUAACGGCACUUCGGGAUGGCGCCAUUAUGACAGGUGCGGAAGGCAGUGAGUCAGCAGCGGUUGGCAAUGCAGAAGGCGCGCCACAGACUACACCCACAGGUUCCGUGCGCUCGAUCGGUUCGCUGGUUUGUCGCAUUUGUCACAACUCUGAAGAUCCCGAGAGAUUAGUUUCGCCGUGUUUGUGCAAGGGAUCGCUGACAUAUGUGCACAUCCACUGCCUGGAGCGCUGGAUUAGCACCUCGAGGAGCACCGUCUGCGAGCUUUGCCAGUUCCAGUACAACACCGUGCAGACGCUGAGAUACACGUGCUUUCAAUCGCUGCGAAUGUGGUAUUCCCGCUCAAUGAGCCGCCGUGCAUUGCAGGAGGAUUGCCAAAUGUUCUCGCUGCUCACGCUGGUCGCCUUCGGCAUAAUCGGAACUCUACUCGUUGGCAUACAAUACUAUUUCUUGCAGGGGCAAUCCUGGCUUUUGAGUCGCAUGUGGACCAAGGGCUGGCUGAUAUUCUUCCUAUUCACAACGCUGACGAUUUACUUCAUAAAUAUUUAUAUGAUCCUCAAGUCGCAGUUGAGCCCCUGGUAUAUGUGGUGGCAAUCGGCCCGUGACAUCAAACUAAUAUUGGAAAACCGCAGACCCUUCCAAUUUCGCCCGAAUCGACGGCUGCAGAACCAACUGCUCGCACAGGAGCUCUCCGAUAUGGCUGACAUGGCACAACAACAACAACAUCAGGCAUCAACAACUGCCAUUGCACCGCAAGCCUCAGAAACACACGCGCCGCAGCAGCCCUACCACGCAAGCCCACCCAUACCUCCAACCUUUGCUGCCAUCAGUAUACCACCGGUUCAUAUCGGCAAUGCACAGGAGAGCGUUGAGCUGCCGGUAUCUCUAAGCGGCAUUGAGUUGCAACGCAGCGGCGACAAUGGCAACUUUGGGGCCGACGAUGUUGACACAUUGAGUUGUUGCGGCAAAGCACCACGGGCAAUGGCCAGCUGCAAGGGGGCAGCCGUGGCUGCAGCUGUGGCCUUCCACUGCAAUAAACUGACAACGUGUGCCACAAUUGAGAUUCCGCUCGAGGGUUGCCUCUACGAAUUCGAAACGAUGCUUUAG